AAUGACCGAAUUACUGAGUUUCUGAUCCUUGGCACUGCUGCUGCCCACACAAAGCAAGGCUCAAAACUGGCAGGAGUUGUAGAAAACUGAUGAAACUGACCGAGUGACUGCCCCCUGCGUAGCACUGUUACCACCUCAAAUUUCACCUCCCACUGCGCGAUGUGCCAAUAUCAAGUUAACCGAUUAAUAUUCGACAUUUAAAUCCUCAACUUGCGAGGUUGACUUUUUAAGUGCUUUCAACUCGAAAACUUUUACCUGGGGUUGUGCGCGUGUAAACCUAGAUGAGAAAGCGGGAACAAAUUCCUUCCCGGAUCGAAAGCGCUCGCCGGAGUUCGAACUUCGAGUAACGUCGCGGCGCUAGCCAACUUCAGAAUGCAGACGACUGUCAAGUGAAUGGGAUUUUGUAAUUGUAAAUAUGAAUGAAUGAAUUUUGCAUGUGAUUUGGGAGAAAAAUUGACGAGCGGCGAGUGAUAGAAGAAACAGAUAAUAACGAUAUUCAAUUCUCGAAUAAUUAAAUAUCUUACUUCCCUUUGACAUUAGCUGGAUAAAGUUAAAGCUCUGCUGUAUUUUAUCAUGGAUUCGAAGGGGGUUAGUAUUGAAACUUUGGACAGUGGCUAUAAACAACGAAUGGAUAGAAAAGAAAUUAAAAUUCUAUGCUUCGAUCUCACCGAAUCCAGUCAAAAGAUGCAACUCUUAUGGUGCAGUGCCGGCGUCUUUGCUUUUUAUUUACUGUACGGAUAUUUGCAGGAGCUUAUAUUCACCUUGGAUGGCUUUCGUCCUUUUGGCUGGUACCUAACUCUGAUUCAAUUCACAUACUAUUCGAUAUUUGGGUGGAUCGAAUAUCGCAUGAAAGGAGUCACACGUAGAAUUCCACUGGGAACUUACCUACUCUUGGCUCUUCUUACUUUGGGCACUAUGGGAUUCUCAAACUCAUCUUUGGGAUAUUUGAACUAUCCUACACAGGUGAUUUUCAAGUGCUGUAAGCUAGUCCCAGUUUUAAUAGGCAGUAUUCUUAUACAAGGAAAGAAGUAUGGUCUCUUGGAUUUUUUAGCUGCAAUUUUAAUGUGCAUAGGCCUGGCUUCAUUCACACUAGCUGACAGUAUGAUAUCCCCUCGCUUUGAUACAAUUGGAGUAAUGAUGAUCAGCUGCGCGCUACUCUGUGAUGCGGUUAUAGGAAAUCUGCAAGAGAAAGCCAUGAAGCAGCACAAAGCCACAAACACUGAAGUCGUUUUGUUCUCUUACAGUAUAGGAUUUUUAUAUUUAUUUUUUAUCCUAUUGGUGACAAGAGACCUACAAAAAGGCGCUGCUUUUUGUGCGGAGCAUCCUAUGGAGACCUAUGGAUAUGGCCUGCUCUUUUCAGCUUCAGGAUAUUUGGGAAUACAAAUCGUUUUGACUCUGGUGCAAAGCUGCGGGGCAUUUGUUGCAGCCACAGUGACCACCUGUAGAAAAGCAAUAACAAUCUUGAUCAGCUUCUUGUUCUUCUACAAGCCAUUCACCUUUCAAUAUGUCUGGUCAGGACUUUUGGUACUCCUCGGGAUCUACUUGAAUGUAUACAGCAAAAAACGAGGCGCCGACGCUAAAGGUGGAUUAAAAGAACUAUGGAUAGGAAUUCAACGGUGCUGGAUCAGGCACAAUCGCAUUCAGAGGCGAUUACUGAUUAAUGUUUAGGCCUAGGCUCAUUUCUAGUGACAAUGUAUAACGAUUUGGUGAAUUAAUUUUUUUUGUUAUCCAA